AUGACAAAAGUUGCUUCUCAUUUCAUAAAGCAAUCUUCAUUUGAAGUUGAAUAUGCUCCUACUCAUAUCAAAAAAUGGAAAUCUCAAAGAACUGGUUUACAACUCACCUAUAUUAAUCAACCUUCUCCUAUUGUUAAUGGAUAUUUUGCAGUAGCAACCGAAAUCAAAGAUAGCUCAGGAUGUCCUCAUACUUUAGAACAUUUAGUGUUUAUGGGAUCCAAGAAAUAUCCAUAUAAAGGUUUAUUAGAUAAUUUAGGUAAUCGAUUAUAUUCAUCUACAAAUGCAUGGACUGCAGUAGAUCAAACUGUAUAUACAUUAACAACUGCUGGUUGGGAUGGAUUUAAAUCAUUAUUACCAGUUUAUUUGGAUCACUUAUUUAAUCCAACAUUAACUGAUGAAGCUUGUUUGACUGAAGUAUACCAUAUUGAUGGAAAGGGGAAAGAAAAGGGAGUUGUUUUCAGUGAAAUGCAAGGAAUUGAAAAUCAAUCAUGGUUUGUUUCAUUCCAAAAGAUGCAAGAGACUUUAUAUGCACCAACUUCGGGUUAUUCUUCUGAAACAGGUGGUCUUAUGUCUGAAUUGCGUCAUUUAACCAAUGAUCAAAUCAAAGAAUUUCAUAAAUCAAUGUAUAGACCGGAUAAUUUAUGUGUUAUCAUUACUGGGUCGAUAAAUGAAGAUGAAUUACUUGAAAUUAUGACUGAAUUUGAUAACGAAUUACCUGAUUUACCAGAAAUACCCAACAAGAGACCAUUUGUUGAUUCAGAACAUGAUGAGCAAUUAAAGGAAACUAUUGUUAAAGAAAUUGAAUUCCCAGACGCUGAUGAAUCAAUGGGAGAAUUAUUGAUGUCAUGGAUUGGACCAGAUGGUAAUGAUACGUUAAUAAAUACAGCUAUUGAUAUGGUGGGGUCUUAUUUUACUGAUUCUCCUAUUUCGCUAUUUAAUAAGAAUUUAGUCGAGAUUGAAAAUCCAUUAUCUACAGAUAUUGAUUAUACAACUGAUGAUUAUUAUAGAACAACUAUUAAUUUCAAUUUCAAUGGUGUCCCCACUAUUCAUUUGAAAGAAGUCGAUUCCAAAGUUAAGGAAUUAAUAUUAUCUCAAACAAUCCCGGAAAAUAUAGACAUGGCUUAUAUGACACAAAUGAUCAAUCAACAACGAUUGAAAUUUAUAUCUGGGGCUGAAAAGGCAGCAUCUGUUUUCUCAAACAUUGCCACUCUUGAAUUCAUCUAUGGUAAUCCAGAUGGUUCUGAUUUGGAAAAGUGGUCUAAGGAUUUAAAUGAAUAUGAAGUAUUACUUCAAUGGACAGCAAAACAAUGGAGUGAUCUUAUUAAGGAAUAUCUUGUUGAUAACAAUUCUGCCACUAUUUUGGGUAAGCCAUCUGCUAAAUUGAAUGAAGCUAUGAAGAAGCAACAUAAAGAAUUAACCAAAGAAAUUAAAAAGAAAUAUGGAAAGGAAGGGUUAUUAAAACUUCAAGAAAUGUUAGAUACUGCUCAGACGAAAAAUGAUACACCUAUUCCAGAUGAAUUGGUAACUCGAUUUCCAAAACCUGAUCCAUCCAAAAUUGCGUUCAUUAAUACAAAAUCUUAUAAAGCAGGAUAUUAUGAAUCUCUUGUUGAUAUUAAAUGUAAUCCAUAUGUUGAGAAUGAUGAUUUUAUUCAAUUGUUAAAAAACGAUACUCCAAAAAAUCAAUUCCCAUUAUUCAUUCAUCUUGAAGACUUCAAAUCUCAAUUCACUACUAUACAAUUAGUCAUGUCCUCAACUAGAAUUGAUUCUCAUUUAUUAAGUUAUAUGUCAAUAAUCGAAGAAUUAUUUUCAUUACCUAUUCAAUUACCAAAUGGUGGUGAAUAUAUCCCUUAUGAAAAAGUAAUCGCGCAAAUGAAUGAUGAUUUGAUUGAAUUCCAUUUGGAUAAUGGAUAUGAAAGUCAAUUCUUGGAAUUGAUAACUGUUCGAGUAAAAUUUGAAACCAAGAAGUAUCAAAAGGCAAUUGAAUGGUUAUUGAAUGUAUCGAAAUAUUCAGUAUUUGAAGAGUCUAGAAUUAAAGUUAUUAUUGAAAAGAUUAUCAACUCUUUACCUGAUAAGAAGAGAAAUGGUGAAUUAAUGAUGUAUUCUUGUCAAUAUAGACAUAUGUUUGAUAAAUCCUCCAUGAGAAAAGCACAAGAUUCGAUGUAUACGGAAAGCUUUUAUAAAGGAUUAUUGGAACAGAUUGAACAAGGAAAUUUCUCCAAAAUUCAAGAUGAUUUGAAUACUAUUAGAAAUCAGUUAUUUAAAUUAGAUAAUAUCAAGGUUUUGAUUUUGGGAAAUGCAAUUAAUUUAAAAAAUCCAAUCAGUAGUUGGACUAAAUUUACCGAUGGAUAUAUUAAAGAAGAAGAAUCUCUCAAUGGUAAGUUUGAAUACAUUCCUGAUGGAUUUGAUGGAUUACCACGUUCAUUCCAAUUUAGAUCCAAUUUAGGUUCAAAUUGUAAACAAGAAGCAUUCCUAGUUAAGAUUCCAGCUGCUGAAUCUACUCAUUUGGUUGCACUCACAACCAUACCAACUGAUUAUUUAGAUGAUGACAUGUUCAAAAUCGCGCUUGCUAGUGAAUUUUUAACUGCAGUUGAAGGACCAUUUUGGAGAGGGAUCAGAGGGACUGGUUUAGCUUAUGGUGCAAGUAUUAGGAGAAAUGUCGAAACUGGCUAUUUACAUUUCAGCAUCUACAGAGGCUCUGAUGCAAAGCAAGCUUGGUUAACUGCCAAGCAGAUUGUGGACCAAUAUGCUAAUAUGGAAUUGGAAGUGGAUAUUAUUAGUAUUGAAAAUGCAGUUGCUGCUAUUGUUAAUGAAUUUGCCAAUUCCCAGGAUAAUAGUUAUGAUUCGGCUAAUUGUAAGAUUAUUGAUAAUUUAUUCAAGAGAAGAGGACCUAAAUAUGAUGAAUUCUAUUUGAAGAAAUUGAAUCAAUUGGGCCCAGAGGAUGUGGUUUAUGCCUUGAAUAAGUAUUUCAAAAAGUUGUUCUCAUCUGAUCACUCCGUUGUAUUUACAAGUUUACCGCCUGAUCAAUCAGAUGAAAUGAGUCGUUUCUUUAAUGAGCAAGGGUUUAGUGUCAACAUUGAAGAGAUUUCAACGGAUGACCAAUCCGAUUGUGAAGAAGGACAUCAUCACGAAGACGAAACUGAUUAUGAAUCAGAUGCUGUUAGUGAUAGUGAUGAAAGUGAAAUUUCUGAUCCCGAAGAGUAG